AUGGCCAAGGAAGCGCCCCGAACCGGUCUGGCCGUUGGCCUGAACCGCGGUCACAAGACCACCGCCCGUGUUGUCAAGCCCCGUGUGUCCCGGACCAAGGGUCACCUGAGCAAGCGCACGGCUUUCGUCCGCGAGGUCGUCAAGGAGGUCGCUGGCCUCGCCCCCUAUGAGCGCCGCGUCAUCGAGUUGCUCCGCAACAGCAAGGACAAGCGCGCCCGCAAGCUGGCCAAGAAGAGGCUCGGUACCUUCGGCCGCGCCAAGAAGAAGGUCGACGAGCUCCAGCGCGUCAUCGCCGAGUCCCGCCGUACCGGCCACUAA